GCUAACAAUGGCCAUGCACAUUGAAAUACGACCAGGUCAACUGUCAGGGUAGUUGGCCAUUGAAAGAACUCGUACGUACUUGCUGUGGUCAUGAAGUCUUCGAGCUAUUGUAGUGGCAACCAAAUGAUGGUUACUGUAAACGACAUGCUGAUUAAAAUCCUCUGCUUGUUCUUGUUCUGUUUUCCUUUUCUCUGCUCUGCAAGAGAUACUAUAACAUGGAACAGCUCCAUUAGUGACUUCCAAGGAGAAACACUUGUUUCUGCUGGAGGAAGAUUCGUGCUCGGAUUCUUUACUCCAAAUGGAAGCUUAUAUAUGAGAAGAUACGUUGGGAUAUGGUACUUGAAUUCAACAACUUUUGUAUGGGUUGCUAAUCGCGACAAGCCACUCGGCAAUUUCAAUGGAGUUUUUGCAAUUGCAGGAGAUGGCAACGCCAAGGUCUUAGAUAGAAAUAACAAGAGUUACUGGUCGACCGGACGAUUAAGAAAUUCGUCAUAUACCCACAGGAUAUUGAAGCUCCAGGAUUCUGGGAACCUGGUUCUAACGGAAGAAGGUCCAAGUAACAAUACAGUGAUCUGGCAAAGCUUUGAUGAUCCAACUGACACAUUUCUUCCCGGAAUGAAGAUGGAUACAAACAUGGUGUUGACUUCGUGGAAAAGUAGUGACGAUCCGGGACUGGGGCAUUUCACGUUCCAGCAAGAUCAAGAUGAACCAAACCAAUAUAUAAUCCGGAGAGAAGGGUCAAUCUUGUACUGGGCAAGCACGGUCUCGGGUGAUUUCAUCGACUCCAAUACGCAUGACAUACUCGCUGCGAUAUUUUCAGAAGUUUUCACUUAUGAAUAUCGGGAUAUGAGGCUGGUUAUGGAUCACUUGGGGAAGAUACAGUACUUUAUCCGGGUAAACGUCAAGACAGAGUCGUGGAUUUUGUCUUGGUUCGAGCCAAGACACAGAUGCAGUGUGUACAAUGCUUGUGGAAAUUUUGGUAGCUGCAAUAGUAGGACUAGGAAGCUGUGCAAGUGUCUUCCUGGGUUUGAGCCAAAAUCUUCAAACAAAUGGAAUUCAGGGGAUUUUUCUGAUGGGUGCAAAAGGGUUUCAAUUUCACCCAUAUGUGGUGAGAAUGGUAGAAGAGACAGGUUCCUGAGCCUGAAGAUGAUGAAAGUGGGAAAGGCGAAGGAUUUAUUUCACGUUCGUAAUGAAACAGAUUGUGCAAAUGACUGCCUUCGCGACUGCAGCUGUCAAGCUUAUUCAUACGAUGAAAACGUACUACAGAGAUCUGAUAAACAAGGUAAAUGCCGCAUUUGGGGGGAUCUUGAUAAUCUCUCGGAGAAUUACACAGGUGGCCGUGACCUCUUUCUCCGGGUGGCAGCUUCUGGUAUAGUCUCUGUUUCCCCUGGGCCUGAUGAAGGGACUUCAGAGAAGAAGAAGAAGAAUAAGCCAUCAUAUCUUAUUUUCCUGGGGACUAUUGCAACUAUAAUUGUCAUCUUAUGCAUAAUUUGUUCCGUAUUCUUUCUGAAAAGAAGACGAAUGGCCAAUAGACAAGAUAACAGGGGAAGUAAUCAGGGAAGGAUCGCAUUGCAGUUGUACGACACUGAGAGACAUAUCAAAGAUUUUAUAGACUCAGUUGAGUUCAGAGAAGAAGAUAAAAAAGGCAUAGAUGUACCAUUUUUUGAUUUGGCAAGCAUACUAGCUGCUACCGACAACUUCUCCGAGGCAAAUAAGCUUGGACAAGGAGGGUUUGGGCCUGUUUACAAGGGUAAGUUUCCAGGAGGACAACUGAUUGCUAUAAAGAGGCUGUCAAGGGGUUCACGACAAGGCUUAGAAGAAUUUAAGAAUGAGGUUUUGUUGAUUGCCAAACUUCAGCAUAGGAAUCUUGUUAGACUUUUGGGAUACUGCAUUGAUAGAGAUGAAAAGAUGUUACUCUAUGAAUAUAUGCCCAACAAAAGCUUAGACUCCUUCUUAUUUGAUCGAACACUAUGUGUGUUAUUGAACUGGGAGAUACGCCUUAAAAUCAUUUUAGAAACCGCUCGAGGGCUACUUUACCUUCAUCAAGAUUCUAGAUUGAGAAUCAUUCAUAGAGAUUUGAAAACAAGCAACGUUCUGUUGGAUGAGGAGAUGAACCCCAAGAUUUCUGACUUCGGCUUGGCAAGGAUAUUUGGAGGUAAACAAACCGAGGGAAGCACGACCAGGGUAGUUGGGACAUAUGGCUACAUGUCUCCUGAAUAUGCAUUAGAUGGGUUUUUCUCGGUCAAAUCUGAUGCCUUCAGCUUUGGUGUAGUUGUACUUGAGGUUAUCAGUGGGAAAAGGAACACAGGAUUUUUCCACUCAGAACAAGCUUUGAUCAGUCUUCUAGGCUAUACAUGGAAAUUGUGGAAAGAAGACAAGGCAUUGGAUUUAAUGGACCAGACAUUAGGUGAAAGUUGCAACACAAAUGAGUUUUUGAGGUGUGUUAAUGUUGGGCUCUUAUGUGUACAAGAAGACCCCAGUGAUCGUCCCACUAUGUCGAAUGCUGUUUUCAUGCUUGGGAGUGAAACUGCAACUCUCCCGACUCCUAAACAACCAGCCUUUGUUGUAAGGAGAUCCCUUUCUUCUAGUAAACCAGAAAGCUUAAAUGAAUUAACAGCUUCCAUAGAAGAAGGUCGAUGAAGAUGGAGGUUCUCAUGAGUCUUGUUUUCUCUUUACCAAUUUGUAUUACUUCAUAUUGUGGUUCUUAAAACAAAGUUUGAAUGAAUUGACUUUGGCGGGAUACCAAAACCGACAAUAAAGAUCUCUAAUCAAAAGA